AUGCUCGUUGUGUGGCUGGCGAAUCUCAAUGGCUUCGCCCAGUUCUUCGCGAACCUGCUGCUGUCUCUGAUCGUUGCCGAGUCCCUCAUGCACGUGAUCGGCGCCGCCCAGCCACACUACAUCAUCGGCAUGGCAUUCGGGGCGGGCCUCUUCGGCAUGUUCAUGCUCUGCGAGGGAUUCAUGGUCAAGCCCCAGGACAUCCCGGACGGCUGGGUCUGGGGUUAUUACCUCGCCUUCCACACUUACUCUUUCGAGUGGUUUGUGCACAACCAAUUCGACGAUGGGACGCUCGUCGGCGAGGCCGUCUUGAAGAGCUUCGAAAUGGAGGAUGUGGACCCGCUCCGGAACGCUCUCAUCCUGUCGGCGUACGCGGCCGUCUUCCAGGCGGCUUACUUCAUAGUCCUGAAAGUCUUCCACACAGGGAAGCGUUGA